UCUUCCACCCCCCCGCCCCCCUCCCUGUGCACGCCCGCUGAAGCUUUAUUACCCUUUACUUUGCUUUGCUUUCAUCAGAACCUUCCAGUUCCAUUCUGCCUCUUUUCUAAGCGGUCCCCAAUCUCCAAGCUGGCCCCACUUUCAGCCCCUUCUGUCUCCUUUUUCUGCCCCAGCAUUUUCAUUCCAACAGUGCUUGCUGAUUUGCAGCGAUGCCAGCAAGGAAUUGUUAGAACCAUAUACUGAGCCAGAGUAUUGAGUACUGGGGGAGAAGGGUUCUUUCAUCCUGGAUAUUGUGAUCUUCCAGCUUCAGAAUUUCUGAGCAGGCCCUUUCCUCAAGUGGGGAGUCAGGAGCAGACUUCGGCCAUGGAGGUGGGCAAGAUGACUGUGAGCAUCAAUAAGGCCAUUAAUACACAGGAAGUAGCUGUCAAGGAGAAACAUGCCAGAACAUGCAUCCUGGGAACUCACCAUGAGAAAGGAGCUCAGACCUUCUGGUGUGUUGUCAAUCGACUGCCCCUCUCCAGCAAUGCUGUACUCUGUUGGAAAUUCUGCCACGUGUUCCACAAGCUCCUCCGCGAUGGACACCCAAAUGUCCUGAAAGACUCUCUGAGGUACAAGAAUGAGCUGAUUGACAUGAGCAGGAUGUGGGGUCAUCUGAGUGAGGGCUAUGGACAGCUAUGCAGCAUCUACCUCAAACUGCUGAGAACAAAAAUGGAAUUCCAUAUAAAAAACCCUAGGUUCCCUGGCAAUCUCCAGAUGUCUGACCGGCAGCUCGACGAGGCAGGAGAAAAAGAUGUCAAUAACUUUUUCCAGUUGACAGUGGAGAUGUUUGAUUAUUUGGAGUGUGAGCUGAACCUGUUCCAGACAGUAUUCAACUCCUUGGACAUGUCUCGCUCCGUGUCUGUCACUGCUGCUGGUCAGUGCCGCUUGGCCCCACUGAUACAGGUCAUAUUAGACUGCAGUCAUCUCUAUGACUACACUGUCAAGCUUCUCUUCAAGCUGCACUCCUGUCUCCCAGCUGAUACACUACAAGGACACAGGGACCGUUUCCUGGAACAGUUCAGAAAGCUCAAAGAUUUGUUCUAUCGCUCCAGCAACUUGCAAUACUUUAAACGGCUGAUCCAGAUUCCACAGCUUCCAGAGAAUCCUCCCAACUUCCUACGGGCCUCAGCACUGUCAGAACAUAUCAGCCCUGUGGUGGUCAUCCCAGCAGAGACUUCGUCACCAGAUAGUGAGCCCAUCACUGAUCUGGUAGAAAUGGACACAGCUUCACAACAGAGUCUGUUUGACAAUAAGUUUGAUGACAUCUUUGGCAGUUCGUUUGGUAAUGAUCCUUUCAACUUCAACAGUCAGAAUGGGAUGAGCAAGGAUGACAAGGACCGGUUAAUUGAGCAGCUUUAUCGGGAGAUCAGUGGCCUCAAGGAGGAGCUGGAAAACUUUAAAGCAGAGAGCCAUCGCCUGGUGAUGCAACUGCGGGGGCGGAUCAGUGAGCUGGAGGCAGAGCUGGCAGAGCAGCAGCACCUCAAGCGACAGGCUUUGGAUGAAAGUGACUUCCUUCACACCGAGCUGGAUGAGCUGAAAAAGCAGCGGGAGGACACAGAGAAAGCGCAGAAGAGCCUGACUGAGAUUGAGAGGAAGGCACAGGCUAACGAGCAGCGGUACACCAAGCUGAAGGAGAAGUACAGCGAGUUGGUCCAGAACCAUGCCGACCUGCUACGCAAGAAUGCAGAGGUCACCAAACAGGUAACAGUAGCAAGACAAGCCCAAGGCGACAUGGAGCAGGAAAAGAAAGAAUUAGAGGACUCCUUCCAGCGCAUGAGCGAGCAGACGCAGAGGAAGUCUCAGGAACAAACAGAAGUCUUGGAAACCUUGAAGAGAGAGCUUGCAGCCAGCAAGCAGGAGCUGCAGAGCCUCCAAAGCACAUUGGAAUCCAGUACACGGUUGAGAGGAGAACAGAGCACCAGGAUAGCAAGCUUAGAGCAGGAGAAGGACAGCUGGACUCAAGCAAUGGCACAGAAUAACCAGGAGGUGGCAAAUUUGCAAGCAGAACUGCAACACCUAAAGAGCAUGCUAGACAGCGAGCAGGAGAGCAGCAGUAAGAUGCUGGAGGCACUACAGGCCCAGCUGGGAAAGAAGGAGAGCUUUGAGCAGGCCCUCCAACAGCAGCUUCUGGACCAGCAGUUUUUCCUACUGCAAUGCACUGUGCAGGAGGCAGAGCAGAUGGUGCAGGACUCCCUGAACCAACUCAAUAACCCUGCUCACAUCAGCUGCAUGAGCUCCACAGAUUAUCUCCUGUCCCGAACACUGGCUGCAUCUGACUGUAUAGAGCGGCUUCAGGACACACAUGGCAAAUACCUAUCCAACUGCACAGAUGUGAGCAGCCUGCUGCCGUGUGUGGCCAUGUUUGCCCACCUGAUCAGCGACACCAUCUUGCAGGGCAGUGCCACUGCUCACAUGGCUCCUUUGGAGCCUGCUGACCUUCUGUUGGAGGCCUGCAAACAAUGUGGGAAUGAGGCUCUGCAUUACCUCAGUGCCCUGAAAGACAAAGCAUCCCUGGAAAAUGCUGACUGCACACCUGUGAGAAACUGCCUGAGCAGAAUCAGUGCCAUUGGGGAGGAGCUGCAACCCAAAGGCCUGGAUGUAGAGCAGGAGGAGCUGGGGGACUUGGUGGACAAGGAGAUGGCAUCUACUUCAGCAUCCAUAGAAAUAGCCACUGCCAGAAUAGAGGAUAUGCUCAGCAAGUCACGGGCUGGAGACACUGGGGUCAAACUGGAGGUCAAUGAGAGGAUCCUGGGCUCCUGCACAGGCCUGAUGCAAGCUAUCCAGGUGCUAGUCCUGGCUUCUAAGGACCUCCAAAGAGAGAUUGUGGAGAGUGGACGGGGUGCAGCAUCCCGCAGAGAGUUCUAUGCCAAGAAUUCCCGCUGGACAGAGGGUCUCAUUUCUGCCUCCAAAGCUGUAGGCUGGGGAGCAACCAUCAUGGUUGAUGCAGCUGACCUUGUGGUGCAGGGGAAAGGGAAGUUUGAGGAGCUGAUGGUGUGUUCUCAUGAGAUCGCAGCCAGCACUGCGCAGCUGGUGGCUGCCUCCAAGGUGAAAGCAGAUAAGGACAGCACAAACCUGUCCAAACUUCAGCAGGCUUCACGAGGUGUUAACCAGGCCACAGCCGGGGUGGUAGCUUCCACCAAGUCUGGAAAGUUACAGAUUGAGGAGAAAGACAGUAUGGACUUCUCCAGCAUGACACUAACUCAGAUCAAGCGCCAAGAAAUGGACUCUCAGGUCCGAGUCUUGGAGCUGGAAAAUCAGUUGCAGAAAGAACGCCAGAAGCUGGGAGAUCUGCGCAAGAAGCAUUAUGAGCUAGCAGGUGUGGCGGAGGGCUGGGAUGGGGAUGACUCUCUGGACUGUUUCUCCUCAGCGACAUCUGAGCUGAGCCCUGCCUGGUGCCCUGGCAGCAAAGGCUUCACUCUGCAUACAACCGCUAGGGUGCUGCUCUGACCUCUCCGUGCUUCCCCAGCCCUGCCAGUGCACGCAUUUAACUGGUGGCAAGCAAAUGCCCUGCCAGAGGUCCAUCCUGGUCUGAACAUUUGGAGAUGUAGCAAAGCCCCAAAUGAGUUCUCUUGCUAACAUUACUGGGCAGGCUCUGGGCAUGGUGCUGGGCAUUUGUGCCUCCCCCCCACUGUGGUUCCCCUCCUGCUUGCUCUGGAGCAGCUGUACCUGUGGGGCAGGCUCUGCUAGGGCUGGGCUGUGCCUUUGCAGUCAUCCCAGGGAUGGAGUGGAACCAGUGCCUUUGCUGCUGGAAGAGGCCUGACAGGCCUGCAGGCCUGCUCUCCCUUAAGGUCCUACCACACUGGGAAUAGCCAUCCCUGGAGCAGCUGACCCCACCUGAGCCCCAGGGGCCAGGGGGAACUUGCCUCCUUGAAGGCUGGUGCUUAGAGAGCCUCUGGGGUGUCUGUUUUGUUUGCUGUUGAUUGCAGUGGAUAGUUCACUAUCCAGCCUCUCCCACAGACUCCUUCUACAGAGAUAACAUCUUUACAGUCAUUGAGACCCCUGAUGACUGCAAGUGGGGACUUGGCCUGAUAGCAAAGGAGAGGAUUUAAUGCAUUCUCAGCCUGUUAUCUCAAACUCACCCUCUCCUGAGGAACAAUUCUGUUCCCCAGCUCCAAGCAAAGGAGCAGUGGCCAGCUGGCUCCCAGGCCUUGUUCCCCAUCCUUGUGGCAUUAGAGUCCUUGAUCACUGUGUUAGUGCCAGCAAUAAACCAUUGUAAAAGGUGCUUGGCCCCUGGCACAGGGAAGUGUCUGCCUCUGGCUUCCUGUUGCUCCAUCACAAGCUGCUGCCUUAGCCCUCUGGGAGUAUGCUGCAGCUGGACCAGCCCCUGCCCCCUGGGGAUGUGUAUACCUGCCCCACCAGCUCAGCACACGUCAUAGGCUGGCUAGAAAGUGGAGCUGUGCCACUGUGUCCAGCCAGGCUGCAAUCAAACACCCUAGGAUAGGUCACCAGUCAGAUCAGAAUCAGUAGUGAGCACUUGUACAGAUGGGAGGAGCCUUGAACGGCUACUAGAUUUUGGCCGUCUCACCCUCUGCUUUGCCCCAGUACAGCCAUUGGUUAGUGCUGAGCAGAAGCCUCCCCUGCCCUGGGGACCUGGUGCUUUCCCCUGGGCUACCUGCUGUGCAUCCCUGCUGGUGCUAUUCCUCUGCACGUUCUGAUCACUGUGAACCUGCCUCACGCACCUGUGGCCCUGGGAGCUACCAUAGGAUUUUCUGGGCAGGGGAAAUCGGGGAGCAGUCCUACCUCCCUGUCUCCUUUCUCCCAUCAGUAGAUUGAAUGGAGAAGGCUGGGGUGUCAUAUACUGAAGGUGUAUGUUAUGUGCCCUCCUUUAGAGCUGGGACUCUAAGGGCAACCUGGGAUCAUCCAGCCAUACCCUCCUUCCAGACCUGUCCCUGCCCAUUCAGACAGCCUCGGCUGGGGCCUGGACUAGGGAAACUGCAAUAGGCAAUAGUAGUAGCCACUACAUUCUGCCAACAGCAGAGAGCUUUCCUGAAGGGGAGAGCUUCUGGCACUCUUGAGUUAGAGAUGCCUUUGACCGCCCAGGCAGACAAGUACCCUUCCUACUAAAAUACAGGCAGCAAUGCAAAUGAGGACCAGAGCCAGCAUCGCCCCUAUGGAGCCCAUCUAUAUAUAGUUAGUGGAGGGUAAGCUGGGGGUGAGGUGUAGUUACCAAUUCAGACCUAGCACAAGGGUGUCUAGCCCCACCAAAUCUUCCUUACCUGGCCAGGGAAUACAUUCAGUCCAUUGAAUGUUAGGAAGUGCUAUUACCUGUACUCAGCAAUGACUUUGAGUGGGGAUUUUCAUUAAAGACAGACCCCAUGGCAGUCUGACAGGGAUUUUACAUAAAUCUGCAGAGGAGUUCCAUGAAGGGAGGGUUGCAACUUUGCAACAGUGGAGAUUUGCUUUCAGUUGACACUAACAAGAAUGCUCAAGUCACCAUAGUCUAUCUGGCCUGUCUCUUGCCUUUUUGGAGCCUAAUCCCAAUAGAAUCCAUGUGCUCUGCAGUUUGGAAACCACCUAGUUACCAGGAAACUUGACCUGUUCCUGAGGAGCUGGGCUAUCCCUGCUGCUCUCACUCACUCCCACCAGGUGUAUAUAACAUGCGUGGAGGGUCCAACCUAUCUUGAGUAACCCAAACUUUGGAAGAAGGGGCCAGAGUAAGGACAGCCACUAACUGCUGGCUUUGGCACGUAAUUCCCUGUGCUGCCCCAGAAAAGAUACAGAGUCAAGGUUACGGCCCUGACUAAAUAACCAACCUCUACCUGCCUGUGUUCCACAGAGUGCUCUAGUGGGGUGAGACCUGCCACCACCUGCAGCAAUAUAGGACCUUCCGCUGUGGGCUUUCACUGCCCAUCCAGAGUCUGUGUCCUCCACACAUGGCAUAGCUAUAGCAAGUCACUGCUCCGUAAUGUGCCUAACUUGCAUUCUGCUGCAGGCCUUCACCCCUCCUUGCAGACUCAAGCCAAAUACAGUCCCGCAGUAUCAGUUCCAAGGAUCAUCCUUGGCUUCCAGGCAUCUCUAAAGCAAUAUAAAUAAUCCCAUUGCUUCAGUACAAGGAGACUUGGGUGGUCCUGAGAAUCCUGCCCACCUGUUUCUGGGAUCCCACUAUUCAAGGGAACCCCCAACUACCUCAGGUUUCCAGGCUGUGGUCCAAACUGGGUUGUGACCCAUGGGACAAACCGAGGAGGAGCAGAAGGGGUUUUGGAGAAGGCUUGGUGACAAAAUACAAUAUCCGUCUCAAACUGAAAUGAUUUUUAUCAAUUCCUGUAAGUGAUUAAAACAGGUCUUGGCAGGCAUCUGGCUCAUAAAGGGUUACAGGUGCCAGCUGUUUUCCAGUGAGACUUUUAAUUACUGUUUUUGUUUUGGUUUUUUCAUUGUAUAAUAUGUUGUUUGUGUGUUUUUAAUUUUUAAAUAAAUAUUUUGACCCAGCUGUG